AUGAAUGAUUUGGAACAGGAGUUCCCAAUCUGGGUGCCGCGGCACCCUGAGGAGCCACAACAAGAGAUACUAAAUAUGGAUCAAAUUCAUUACAUAUUGGUGUAUGAGGACCCCAACUACAAACGCCAAGACAACAAUACUAGAAAAGAAAUCAAGAUCUCCCUUCGGAAGAAAUACAUCGAAAAAUUAGAAUACGAGUCAUUGCUUGUGGAGGAACAGAGGGUUGGGAAACAAAUUUUCGUGAAAAUUUACUGCCCGUUAGAACGUUUGUACAGAGAAGCUGAAGUAUUCAGGGUUGAACUACCAGUGUUGGAGGUAUACAAUAUUCUUAUUAACAUCAAUACAAUAGAAGGUACAAAAAAGAAAGUUCCAAGAAGUUUGUUGUACCUGUUGAUGAUUGGAGUGUUUCAAGAUGCUUUCCCCGUGCACGACGCUUCAGCUGUAGAACCCAGAAGCUUGAAAUUAGCUAACCACGAGGAAUCUUCACCAGAUUCACCAACUCAUGAAGAUCUGCGACUCGUAUUGAGUAAGAAAUGGGCAACGCUAUGCCACAAACACCCCAUUCACGAGGUCAAGGAUUACUUUGGAGAGAAGAUUGCUUUUUAUUUUGCUUGGGUGUCCACUUAUAUGAUGUCCUUGUGGAUUCCGUCCGUAUUGGGUAUUUUGGUCUUUGCUUAUGGGUACACAGAGCGACCAAUAGAAUCCAAGAAAGCAGGUUUCAUGUAUUUCAUCGAAGUUGUCAAGUCAUCUUGUGAUAACACUCUAACCCCAGUGUUAUCCGCCAUUAUGUGUUUGUGGGGAACCGUAUUUAUGGAAAUAUGGAAAAGAAAACAGAUUUCGCUGGCUCGCCAAUGGAAUGUAGACAACUUUGACCAUGUGGAACUAGACAGGCCUCAAUUUCAUGGAACAAAAUCACUGGAAAAUGAAUUUACGCAAGAGGUUAUUCUUUACUUCCCCGCCACGAAACGUUUGCUGAGGUAUACAGUGUCAGUUUUGGUUCUCUUAAUGAUGGUAAUGAUAGUGUACAUCAGUAUUUCUGCUGUUUUGUUUUUCCGACUGACAAUGAUACGGGUAUACUGUGAAGACGAUGAAUUCUGCAAAUUUAUGUAUGGAACUGUAGCUGCGACAAUGCUUAAUACCUUGUCAAUCAUGAUAUUAGGAAAAUUCUACGAAAAGCUGGCAGGAAAGCUAACAGAAUACGAAAAUCAUCAAACACUCAGCCUUCAUAAUGAUGCCCUCAUACUUAAGCUUUUUAUAUUUCAAUUCGUCAAUACAUAUGCUGCACUCUUCUUUGCUGCUUUCUUAAAAGGGGAUUUAGGACUCUUUUCUGGAAUGUCCGUAAGCAAGCUGAAUUCACCAAGGAUGAACGAGACUUCGACAGAAGGCUGCGACCCAAGCCAAGAUAGUGCGAAUUGCAUGUUCCCGCUUUCGUGCCAACUCUUGAUCCUGAUGAUCGUGAAGCCCAUCCCAAAGUUCAUAAAAGAUGUUAUUGUACCGGGCUACAAGCGAUUGUGUUUUUACUGCUACAAGUUGCGGAAAACCAAAGACGAAGAAGUUUCGGAGCAGAGUUACUUGAUGCACGAAUUCUCAAAGCCCUCUGCAGAAGAUUUCACUCUCUUAGAAUUCACAGAGAAAAUAAUACAGUACGGAUACCUCAUGAUGUUUGCAACUGCUUUACCAUUGGCACCAAUUCUUGCUCUGUUAUUCAAUAUCAUUGACUUUAGAAUAGAUACCUGGAGGUUACUCGUAUGGAACAGAAGACCCAUUCCAUACAGAGAUAACGACAUAGGUAUGUGGAUGCAUAUCAUCAACUUCAUCAAUUUCUGCGGCAUUAUCAGCAACGCUUUUCUUAUAGCAUUCAACUCCAGGGUAGGGCGUGGAGAAGAGCGUAUCAGUCAAGCCACCAUGAUUGUCUUGUUCGAAAUCACAAUUUUAUUCUUGAGGUCUGCUAUCUGUUUCUGUAUUCCUGAUGUGCCCAUGUGGGUUAAGAACUCACGCAAAAAGGAACGUUUUUUGCUAUCCUACUUAAUGACGAGGAAUCAAUUUAACAGCACGAUUCAAUCAUCUCAAGAUAAUUUGACGACUGACGACGAGAAAACGGGAGAAUUUGAACUUGAAGUCGACGAAGCCAACUAUUCGAGGGACUGA